CAAACCACCAUCGCGGCAUUAAUGCGAGGUAGAGAACCCAUGGCUUUGGGGGUUAAUGCAGUGUUCCCAAAGGCAAGGUUCAUCCAUGCCGCCUCCGUGGGGGACAUAAAAAGGCAUCAUGUGGAUGGCCAGUGCACUAUGCUUCUAGUAGACUCGGUGGUGAACAGCGGAAAGACCCUGAUGCAAUUUAUCGAUCACGUCCGUGGUCUAAAUGCCAAUAUCCGCAUUGUCGUCGUGGCUGGUGUUGUCCAGGCGGAGGUGGUCGUGGAGACACAUCCGCUCGCCAAGCUCAUGGGGCGUCAUGGCGCCAGUCUCGUCGCACUCAGGCUCUCCGAGAACAAGUUCACAGGCACCAAAGGUACCGACACUGGCAAUCGACUCUUCAACACCACGCAUCUGGCUUGA